UAUUUCUUGCUUGAAAUGUGGGAGGAUAUUGUGAUAUAUAAAGUCUAAUUCAGCUAAAACUUUGAUGGAGAAUCAAUUGAAAGGGACAUACAUAACUGUUCGCUUUGCGAACCACAGCCCAGUCCUCCACCCAAUGGAACAUGGCUAUUCUUUCCUCUUUGUCAUUGUGUGGGAGACCCUUGCAUUCGAAUCCCCAUUGCAGCAGCAGCCCUCUUUGUCUACUCCUUCGUUCGGUCUUUCUGUUUCUUCAGAGCUGAUCUUCUAAUCCAGGUGGCACGAGGAAGAUGCCAUCGCUGAUUGGUGAGCUUGCGCCACUCCUGCUGUGGAUUCUAAGCUUGGGAUUCAAGGUUGUGAAGUUGGGUUGCUCUAACGUGGUAUCGUGAUUCCUGGCAAAAAAAUGUGAAGGUUUUAUCUUGGUUCUCUGUUUGAGAAGUACAAUUGGUCUAGCCUUUGUAAUCUUUUGCUGGGAAAGAAUUGCUAAUAUGGUCUCAACAAGCGGCAGUCAUGAUGCAGCAUGCUUUGCUGCAGCUGAAAAAAUAUUAUAGCUCAAAGCAGCCUGGUGAUGGACUAGCCUCUAAACAGCACAUUCUGUAUCUUGGCUCUGCGCAGGUGGUUUUGACUCUCGAGCGAACCAUUGAUCAAUGGUUGCAUUAACGAUUGGUGAUCGUGCAACAAGUGACAUUGUUGUCAGGCUAAGGACACAUGAAGGUCGGGAUGAUUGGUUCUACUGCCAUUCUAAUAUUCUCAUAGAAAAGAGCAAGUACUUUGCUGAGCGUCUCUCUGAGGAUUGGCCUACAUGCCAGAUAAUUGAUUCUCGUAACUGUGUAGAAGUCUACUGCCAAGAAUUGGAUUUUAACUUUCACGUGACUGCCCUUCGCUUGCUUUAUAUGAAAGGGCCUUUGAAAUGGCAUGGAGUAAGAAAUGCGCUUGGCGUCCUCCAAGUUGCCAUCCAUCUUGGUUGUCAUCAAAUGGCAAGUGAUUGCAUGGAGUAUCUAGAAGCCGUUCCAUGGGAGGAGGCUGAGGAAGAGGAGAUUUUAAAGACAAUUCCAAACCUAGGAGAACAGUACAAAGGCAUUUUAUCUCGCCUUCAACCAGUUUGCGAUACUUCACUUAUUAGGAUUUUCAUCUUUGCAAUCCGAUUCGCGACUUCAUCGCCCCCUAUAUCCAUGCGGGAACUGAAAACUUCUGCUCAGGAGCAGCUGGAGUACUUGCUCACUGAGGACGAUGACCCCCCUCUUUUUGCCUUGGAUGAUGAGUUCAUAAGGUCAAUUGUGAAGGAUUGCAUUAAGAGCUUGUUGUCCAGAUUUGACAGUUUAAUUGAAUCUAUGUUGACUGGAUCAGUUGAUACUGUCUUGGAGAGAAAAGCCCAUGAAUUUUGGUCGCAUCUAUGCGAUAUGUCGUGGAUUUGUCAGAUACUUGGCAAGAUAGAAAUGAUGAAGGAUUUGGUGCAUUACUGGUUGGAGACAUCUGCAAACAUACUUAGAGCAUUUGAGCUCGUGAAAUCGGUUUCUGACGACAUGGACGUUGAAUUAAAAUUAGUUGAGGUGGUUUCCAAGGUGCUGGAGGCCAUUGGAUUUGGUAAUGCCGUUGUUCCUACCAUGGGCAGGAUUAGCAUGGUGAAGCUUUGGCUUCCUUUUGUGCAGGGAGUGAGGGCUUCGAUAGAGCAGGAUAAAAUCAGAAGUGAAGAAGACUCACCAGCUAAGUUGGAUGGUGAGAUUUGGCAGGGAAUGGAAUCAGCAUUUGUUUCAAUUAUUCUCACUUUACCAUCAUCAGAUCAAGCGGCUAUUUUAUCAGAUUGGUUAAGAUCUGAAUAUGCUGGGUAUCCGGAUCUAACUGAGGCUUUUGAACUCUGGUGUUACAGGAGCAAGGUUGCCAGAAGAAGACUUGCUAAUUUAGGUAACCCUGGUAAUGGUUCUUAAGUUGUCCUUGUUUGAUGGAGGAUGAAGAUGUGAAGAGUGUUGUGUUGAGAAUUGUGUUAUGAUCUCUUAGUUGCAGGAUUUCGUCAUGCAUCAAUUCAUUAGAACAAACACAGAAUAUUAAAAGUUGCAGUAAAAAUGAAGUUUGGACUAAUUUUUUAACAACCUUAAGGUAAUGUGGUAAUUUGAACUUAA